CAACCUGGAGCAGUGGAAAAUCCAACAGCAACACCGUUUAAAAAAUGCCAUUAAAAUUUCUCAAGAAAUGUCGACAAUAUAAUGUGACAUCGAAAAGUCUUUUUGUUAUAUCGGUGCAUCAUUUAUUGGAUACCACCACCACAGUCGAUUGUACCAUCAGUUCGGAAAGUAAAGGUCAAGAAUGCCUGGACAAUGUCUGCACCCGUUUACUCAUACAACAACCGGAAUUUUUCGGUUUACGCUAUGUGGUCAAGGGUAAAGAAGAUGAAAUGAAAUGGAUCGAUUUGGAGCGUUCGCUAAGUCGUCAAUUGGAAAAAUAUGCCGCAGGGACGAAAAUCUUUUUACGGGUUCGCCACUAUGUUACCACUGGGGUGCGGCAUUUAAGCGAUGAAGUUACCCGUUACUAUUAUUUCCUCCAGCUAAAAAAUGAUAUAUAUGAGGGGAAAAUUGCCUGCGAUAUUCGCACGGCCAUAUUGUUGGCACUGUAUUGUCGGCAGGCGGAAUACGAUAGUUAUCAGAGCGAUAAACAGAGUAAAGAUUAUUUGAAAAAGUCAUUGGUGUUGCCGAAAAAUCUACAAGGUUUGGCAAAUGAUGACAACCUUUUGGAUAGUCUCAUACUCGAAGUUCUGCAACAGCAUUCGGGUAUACAACAUUUGACAACAUCUCAAGCCGAAGAAAUGUAUAUCCAAUGUUGCCAACAGCUGGAAGGCUAUGGCGAGGAACGUUUUCAGGCUAAAGAUAAUCUUGGGAAUGAUAUUAACCUUGGACUGGCCAUUAAUGGUAUGGUUGUGACAGCAGAAAAUGGUCGUCAAUAUUUCCCCUGGAAAGAUUUUCACACGGUCACCAUUGAUAAGCGAACCAUACGCAUCGAACAAAAUAAAUCCGAUGGUUCGCUGUUUGUGGGCUCCUUCAUAUUUUCCGAGGCGGAUACGGCCCGUUAUUUUUGGAAGCUUUGCAUAACACAACAUAAAUUCUUUAAACGUUAUAUCGAUGAGGAUUCCUCAUCGAGUAUGGGUGAUGUGGAGAGUGCCAAUGGCAUAUCGAUUGGUGGUGGAGCGGAGGCCAUUAAUUCAUCGGCUUUUAGUGGCUAUGAUUUGAGUGAUUCGCGAGAGGAUUUAUUGCUGGAACAACGUGCCAUUUAUGUGCCUGGUGCAAAUAAUUCUGUAACGAUUGGUGGUGGCAAUGGUGGUUAUCAACACGCCACGGGAACACCACAACAAGCUCAGGACUAUAUAUCCUCGGUACAGUCACUGCAUCAUCAAUCGAAUAGUCAAUUGCCACCACAUGGCAUGAUAAACUCGGCCAACUCAUCAUCGGCCUUAAUGUCUUCCAAUAUUUCCUUGGCAGCUAGUCAUCAAUCGGGUAGUGGUGGUGGAAGGACGACAGAUAAUAAUGGGAUUAAUGGUAGUGCCCUGCAUAUGCAGGGCGGAGGACAUCUUGGUGGUAGUCAAUUGGGACAGAGUUGGUUGAGCAAGGAAUACUCCCACGAUUAUGUUUCAUCUUCGCAACACCUGUCCAACAGCAUUUUGGAUACCCGCCUGCAGAGCAGUUCCUGUCAAGAUCUAAGCAAUAACAACUUACACAGUAGUUCGAGUUUUUUAGGUCACAACAACAAUCAUCUAUUGGCGGCCGAUGCCCAUGAAAGGGAACGUCUCAAGGCCAUGUUGCCAACAUAUCGCCCGGCACCGGAUUAUGAAACUGCCGUCCAAUUGAAAUACCGUUCACCCUCCAAUGAAUUGUAUAAUUUAAAUCAGCUUCAGUAUCAAGCUGCUGCCUUGGCUGCCCAUAAUUCCGCUGCCGUCUACUAUGCCGGGUCCCAGCCGGAUGUACAUCAAGCUGGUGCUGGUGGUGGAGAGAGUGGUUUAAUGUUGGGCCACUUGGCCACACAUCGUUAUCCAGAUGUGGCCCAGCCAGCCCAAGCCAUGCAUGCCCAAUACAAUUUAAACGCUGCCUCACAGGUGGCUGGCGGUGGCUCCGCCCAGGGCAAUAAUGUCUAUGUCGAUGUUUCGCAGCGUCUGCAAAUGAUGAGAACGAAACCACCACCUCCCUAUCCGGUGAAUCGUCUAUCGUCCUCAUCCACGCCAGAUUUGGCAGUGGCCUCACAUCGUACCCUAUUGGGUUAUCGGGCAUAUGUUUCGGGAUCCUCACCUGAUUUGGUCUCCAAUCGUAAUCUAUUAAAUUCCCAAUAUCCAUAUGGUGGGGGUGCAGGUGGCGGUCAACCUUCCGGUUUGGUGGGUGGUCAUGGUGGUCAGAUAACCACCUCCUCUGGAGCCACAAUGUUACAUCAAUACCCCUAUAUGGGUCACAUGGGCCACUCCCAGUCCUAUCUACCACCCCAUGGUACAUUUGAGAACUUAAAUAUGAUCGAAGAACAGCCAUCAAUUAUGUCACAAUUACGGCAAUCGGCAUUGUCACAGGCUGCUGCGGCAGCUGCCCAGGCGGCUGCCAAUAAUCAAAAUAACUAUGAACAAAAUUCUUCACCCACAUUACCGCCCUCCGGCUAUCGUUCUUCAUCCGCACAGCAGCAGCAACAGCAGUCGACACAAGCUGCCGGUGUUCUGCAACGUAAUGCCAUGAAUGGUUCCAUCGAACCCAUAUAUGAGAAUGUGCCACUGCCCCACUAUCAGUCAUCGUCAUCGGUGGUGACACCACCACAACGCAAUACCGAACAACGUUCGUCGGGCUCAUCAUCCACAUACAAUAGUGAACAGGCGGCAAUGCGUAAUCGUACGUCUUCCAUACAAUCGGCACCGGGUGGUAUACAUCAGCAGCAGCAGCAACCACCAGUGCCGGCAGCACGUCAUCACCAUUUGCAGCAACAACAACCACAAUACCUGCAGCAAGCUCCCGAUGAGCCAGAUGAAAUUUCAAUGAACAUCAAGAAAUUCAGUCAUCAGACACAACAAGAUCGUGCAGCUAGUACAGAUAUGCAAUUACUGGAUCCAACCCCACCGCAGAGAGCAAUGCGUGCGGCCUCAGCAGCCCCUGCCAUUGGCCAGACCUCCUCCUCAAAUAGUCAUGAUCCCCCCAUAACACCCAUUAAGGUUACACCUCCCCCCAGGCAGCAUAGAAAUAUGAAAAAUUCCUCCUCCUCAACGGUAUCGGCUGCAGAUCUUCCACCCGCUUCCACUUCUUCACCCAUGUCUUCCAGCAACACAACAUCCCGAUUGCUAUCCUCCUCCAUGUCACAUGAAGACUCAUUACAACAACAAUUUUCCACAAUGAAUUUGUCUUCCUCAUCAUCCCAUAUGUACAACAGUACCCUGGAUACAACCACACAAAGUUCCAGCACCGCCAACUCCUCAUCGAAACCGGAGAAACGUAAAAAACGUUGGAAUUUCUUGGGCCGUAGUAAAACUCCCGAUAAACAAAAAUCCGCCACUUUGGGUAGGGAAAAGGCCUCAAAUACCACGAAGUUGCAGAAAAUUAAAUUGGCCCAGGACGAUUUGAAUUUGCAUCAUCGUUGGUCAACAGGAGUGCCAAAACUGCAACCGAUAUCCGGACAAUUUUCAAAAGAUAAAUUGAGCCAAAUACUCAACGAUAAACUAAAUGAUUCCCAGCUCUUUAUGGAAUUCGAAGGCAUACCGAAACGUCGUGAUAUGGCCCGCUAUGAUUGUGCCCUACUCGAAGAGAAUGCCAUGAAAAAUUCCGAUCCCAAUUUUCUACCCUAUGAAGAUAAUCGGGUGCGUCUAACGCCUACAAUGGAAAAUCGGCAUGGCUAUGUCAAUGCCUCGCAUAUUUCGGCCACCGUUGGCAACAAACAACGUUUCUAUAUUGUGGCCCAAUCACCCCAUGAAGAGCUAACAACACGCAUAUUUUGGCAAUGCGUCUGGGAAGCGGAUGUAUAUUUAAUUGUCCAAUUAUCGGAAGAUUUGAAUUAUAUACCGCCAAAUACCAAUCAACGAAUGGAGUUUGGUCAGUUCCAGGUUUAUCAGGAAUUCUCACAAACUACCGACCGUUGUAUAACCAGUAAACUGCGUCUUUAUCACAUACAAUCACGGCGUUAUCGUUCCGUAUGGCAUCUCAACUAUACCGAUUGGGGUGAACAAAAUUGUCCACGUGAUGUAAAUCAUUUUUUGGAUUUCCUCGAGGAAUUGAAUUCGGUGCGUAUGGCUUCAAUAAAUGAAGUACCGCCCGGUCAUAAUACAAAUCCACCAGUUCUGUUGCAUUGCCUUGAGGGUGGCGGUCGAUCAGGUGUUACAUUGACAGCGGACUUGUUGCUCUAUACCCUAGAUCACAAUGAGGAUUUGGAUAUACCCCGUGUCAUUGGAAAUUUACGACAUCAACGCGACAAUAUUAUACCAUCUUUGGCUCAAUAUAAAUUUAUUUAUAGUCUGCUCAUAACAUAUCUAAAACGAACGAGAUUAAUUUGAAA